GAUCAGACAUUGCUUACGGUUUUGUUUGGCAUUUAAACAUCGAACCCUGAUUACGAUUAUUUUAUUUUUAUUAUUCUUAAGAAUACACAUCAUUAACUGAAAAAAUGAGAUACAAAGAAAGAAAACUCAACUUUGUCAAUUUUCGUUGGAUUACUCGUUAUUUACAAUGCCUCCGGGGAAGACCAAGACUUCUAAUAUUUUUUCUUGGGUUUCUUUGCUUUUGUCAUAUAGUUGGAUUACUUACGUUUUCAGAUUAUCAAGUGUCAGUUCCCGACUGGGUUAAUCAAGAGGAUUAUCCACCUUACGAGCCAGAAUUACACGAGGACUUUCCAACCAGUUCGGAGUUUGAUCCCCGGAUUCCUCAUAUAUUACACCAAUCUUACAAAAACCAGUACGUCCCAUUUGCAUACGCUUCAAAUAUAAAAAGUUUCUUAGAUUACAACUAUGAGUGGAAAUACCAUUUCUGGUCAGAGGAAACUGCUAGACAUCUGAUUAGCAGACGACAUCCGUCUUUGCUGGGGACAUAUGACGAGUAUUCACGGCAUACAACUCAAAGUGAAAUCCUUCGUUAUGUUGUUCUGUAUGAAUUUGGCGGUGUAUUUGCGGAUAUUGGUAUAAAAUGUUUGAGGCCACUGGAGAGAAUAACUUUCAAAUACGCUUGUAUACUUACAACUGUACCUUUUGAAAUAUUUUCCAUAGACUAUAAAAUGCCAUACGCACUGUACCACGAUCUAAUAUUUUGUAGGGCAAAACAUCCGUUUUUGAAACAGAUUAUUGACAAUCUGCCAUUUUAUCAACCGAUGAUAGGCAAAUUUUCUGGAACUGGUCCACUCUUCUUAACAGCUCAGUUUAUGAUAUACAAUCACCAGAAGUACUACCAUACUCCAUUACACAGAGAAAAUAAAACAAAAGAUAAUUCGCCAUUCUUCUUCAGUAGCCGACUUCCAGAAAUGCACAAAGACGCCGUUUAUAUUCCAAACUCGAAAUAUUUCUCGUUUGACUUAUAUAGUUUGUACAAUUUAUGCCGUAAUUUUGACAGUAUGUCUUUUACACAACGAAGAGGUUGCCUUGAGCUCAAACGUAGGACAGAUGAUGAUAGUAAGUUUACUUUCACAUAUAGCCGCUGGUAUUUGCCAUUCUAUACUCCAGUCACCAACUUUCUACUGAGAAUUUCAAUUUCAAAAUUGGCCGGAGACAGAAUAGAUGAUUAACAUGAUAUUAUUUUAAUGUUAAGCGUCCUGUAAAAUGUCUCAACCAUAUGGAAUUGCUGCGAAAAAUGGUCGUCUGCUCUUUUUUCUAUUAUCAGGUCAUUUAUUGGUAAAACAAUAACAAUUAACGAAUAUUCUCAAUUUAUUGUUAACUUUAUUGUACCAUGUACAUUAAAUGUAUAUUCUAGAUUUUAAAUUAUGUUCUUAGGAAACCAACACAUUCAUAUAUAUGUAUAAUUAUAAAUAUAUGGUGAACUUUGCA